AACGAAGACUCACAACUUCAACAUCCUAAUCAUUAAUAGAUCAAAUCUCACUGGAUUCACCGGUAAGCUUGCAGUAAAUGUAGGCAGGCUGUACAGUGUGUCUGGGUCUAACAGACACAGACAUCCUGACAUCCGCUGCAGCACAAGAGGAACCAAGGUGACGAAGCAGACGAAGACUGCAGUGUCUGAAACUCUUUAAGCACACAGACAGCCGCCAGCGAAUCUUCUACAUAUCCAACGGACAUUAUGCCUCGAUCUUUCCUGGUGAAAAAGCGUAGGAGGGGAGGCUCUCGAUCUUCUCUUCCUACAGACUGUAUGCCAUGUCUGGGCAUAACAGGCUACACAGGACUAGGAACCCAAGAAGAGUCCGAGCCAAAUGUUGAGGCUUCAUCUGUACAGCAGUUGAAGACACACCGAGACUGGACAACAGGAAUUAUAGGAUUUGGUGAAUUCCCUUCACCGAUUCCCUGGCAUCACAUUCAUUCUAGCAACUCUGAGGACAAACUGGCCCUGGAAAGUGCAUUAAAGUCCAGCACCAAAGACAGAGAUUAUUCAGCCAUCAGCUCUUCUAUGAUACACUGCCUGUUAUGUGGCAAGAGCUUCUUCUCCCUUUCUGACUCGGAAGACCAUCAUUACAAGUGUCACGAAGGUCACAAGCCGCCUGUAGUCUGUAUCAACAACAGCAAACCCGUGACACCACACAGAACAAAGGAGCGAACAUUCGAGUGCAAGGUGUGUGGGAAGCUGUUCAAACGCUCCUCCACUCUCUCCACCCACCUGCUGAUCCACUCGAACACAAGGCCGUACCCCUGCCAGUACUGCGGCAAGAGAUUCCACCAGAAAUCAGAUAUGAAGAAACACACCUUCAUUCACACAGGAGAGAAGCCACAUGUGUGCAGGGUGUGUGGGAAAGCCUUCAGCCAGAGCUCUAAUCUAAUCACACACAGCAGAAAGCACUACAGACCCUUCACCUGAGCAAGCAUGCACGCUUCAAUUUCUCCCUUGUAAAAAUCACUCCCCAUUUUGACAAACCUUUUAAAAAAAAAUUAAAAAAAAAAAAAAUCAGUUGACGUGACCUGGUUUGCAGAUCACAGAAAAAAAUCAGACUCCACAUUGUCUUUUUAACCUUUAUUUUUUUGUGAUACACAGCAGUUAUUCUGGGCAUAGCAAGUGAUGACAGUUUUAUAAGACUGACACCUCCAAACUCAAGAUUUCACUGCUGGGGAAACGGCUCCUUAAAAUUCAAGAAAACACAGCUUUAGAUGACCAUUUGUAUGCACAACACAAAUGAGUGACAUCAUGAGGAAAGUGUCAGGUACUCACUAUCGAUACAGCCCUCUACACAUGGACCUUCAGAUGGUAAACACACCUCAGUAGCACACAUAAAAUAGAUCUGAGAAAAGGACAAAAGUAAAAUUCCUUAAUUCUUGAGUAGACCCUUGAACCUAUAUUGAAACAUUAAAUAUGAAAAUUAUAACUAAAGUGCAGUUCAAAAUCAGACAGAUGAUGCCCGAUUAAUGGUUACAGGUUGUGUUCCAGAUCUUAGAAGGCUUCACUACUCCAAGUUUCAUACAUAAUGUUAGCAUGAGAAUACUCUGAACAGUUUGACACUCCAGUGCUGUACUAUUACAAUUUAAAUAAUAGUAAUAAAUAAAUCCCUGUGAAGCAA